AUGUCGUGCAUCAGGAAGUUGAAAGAUGACCAACAGCUAAUAAUUCAGUGCUUUACUAAAGAACACAGCACAUUCAGAAUUGUUUCCAGUACCUUGGAUGAAAUAUGUUGUAAAUUCUUGUGCGGUGGUUCUACUUUGGACAUAACAGGAAGCCUUCUUGGCACCUAUCCCCGCACUCCUCCUAUUUGGUUCUCCGAUUCCGAUGAUCCUUGUAUCACCCGAAUCUUCGAGCAACUACAGAAUACAGAUCCUGCCAAUUACACACUUGAUCGACAGGUGAAGAUAUUGGUCACACAAUUGUGCCGAUACAAAAACGUUCUCCACCCUCCGGAAUUAGCCACACUGUGCCCUGAUUUCCUACCUGAUCUGCCCCCACCCGACUCCAUUCCGACUUCAGAAUCCAGACCGGAAUUGAUGAGACCCGACAGUGACGCUGAUGACACUGGAUUUGAGGACGAGGAUGUACAAAUCAAUGAUCCAUUCGAUGACUCUGCCUCGUCCGAUGAUCGCCCCGAAUAUGACGGCAUUUCAACGCAUGACGCCGAACAGCUUGAGAAACUGAAGGCCACACGUCUCCAACUUUGCUCUGAGGGCGUGACCAAGGGAUCGAUUCAAUCUUCUGACCGACUAAUGAAGGAGUUAAGGGAAAUUUAUCGAUCAGACAGUUACAAACGAGGAAUUUUUACCGUAGAACUUCAGAAUGAUAAUCUCUAUGACUGGAAGGUGAAGCUGUACAAAGUGGACGAAGACAGUGGAUUGCAUUCCGAUUUGCUCGCUUUGAAGAGUGACCCGAAAUUCGAGGAUCAUAUAGGAAUGCAGUUUUUAUUCAAAGAAACCUAUCCGUUUGAACCGCCUUUCGUACGCAUCCUAUAUCCGGUUAUUGAGAAUGGUUACGUAUUAGCUGGUGGGGCGUUAUGCAUGGAGCUGUUUACCAAACAAGGUUGGUCCAGCGCUUAUGACAUCGAGUCGGUUAUCAUGCAACUGGCCGCCACAUUGGUCAAAGGACGCGGUCGCAUCAAUUUUACAGCUUCCAGCAGCCAGUACUCGCUCCGACGCGCCCAACUCUCCUACCGUGGUCUUGUACAAAUUCACGAGAAAAGUGGCUGGUACACUCCUCCACAAGCUGAUGGCUAA